GCUGAGGGAAGUUGUCAACAUCUUCGGCUGUGCCCCUUAAAAAAUAUAUAUUGUUGUGUGCCCCUGUUUUGCAGGGGUCUGGUACAUAUCCCCCACGAAUACAGGAGGACCAGUGUAUGACUGAAAAUUAAUGCUAUUGGUCGAAAUAAGGAGAGUAAUGCAUUUAACAAUGAUGUGGUUGCUGGAAUGGAAACGUCGUUAAAGAGGAGUACCUGUAUAGUCCAUGUCCAAAAUUGGCCCAGCCAGGCGAGAAGGUGAGGGGCCGCCGAGUGGCAAACAGCACCUCCCCCAGCGGUGGAAAUAUGUACGACAAUCAAUACGAUGCUUACGGGCAUCCGCAGCAGCAACCUCAGCAGCAGCAGCCUCCACCACAGCUGUUCGAGGACACCAGCACACCAAAUUAUGGCUAUUCAAAUCAAGGUGGUUACGGUGGCAGAGGCAACUAUGGAUAUGCCGGACAGAACCAGGGCGCUCCGCCAGAUGGAAGCUACGGCUAUCCUGGAAUGCCUGGCCCACAGAUAUUUCAGGAUCCCAUGGUAGCUAGUAUGGCAAUGCAAUAUGGUCAGAACCUCGUCGGCCAGGGACGUGAAUAUGUCGACAAAAAGUUGGAGAAGUAUGUCAGCAUGAGUCAGAUCAAGUACUACUUUGCGGUGGAUACCCGAUAUGUCUUGAAGAAACUCCAGUUGUUGUUCUUCCCAUUUACACACUCAGACUGGAGUGUGAGAUACGAACAAGAUGAACCUGUACAACCACGACAUGAAAUCAACGCACCUGAUCUGUACAUCCCGCUGAUGGCCGUUGUCACUUACAUCUUAGUAGCUGGGUUAUGUCUAGGGCUUCAGGAAAGGUUUUCACCUGAUGUGUUGGGUAUGCAAGCGAGUUCAGCACUUGUGUGGCUGGUGCUGGAGAUAUUCAUCAUCAUCGCCACAAUGUACGUCACUGCAAUCCACUCUCACAUCAAAACACUAGAUUUAUUGGCGUUUUCAUCCUAUAAAUAUGUUGGGAUGAUUGUUGCGUUGCUGGCAGGACUUCUAAUGGAUUCCUUUGGGUAUUACUGCAUGUUAGCAUACUGUAGUUUAAGCCUCGUGGUUUUCAUGUUCCGAACGCUACGCUGGCAGAUCCAAGGAGCGGGCGGAGCUAUGGACGGAUACAGCGCAGGAAACAAGCGACGGCUGUACCUCUUACUCUUCAUGUCAGGCCUCCAGCCGGCAAUGAUGUGGUGGCUCACCAGGCAUCUAAUGUCGGUUUAAACUUAGCCAUAACUUAAGUCACGAUUGUUUGUCUCGAUAUUAAAAUCAAUAUUUUUGCCAUCUGUUCUUUAGCUCCUUAAGUUGUUUAAGGAAUAGUUUUUUAACUAUCUUUUUGUACAGUUAUUGGCCAAAAAUCUAAGCAUACAAAGUUUUUUAUAAUCAUUUUUGUCAGGUUCCAACAUUAUAAACUUGCUUAUUCAGUGUUGAGGAACUUCAAAUGAAAAUCUCUUCAUGCUGGCAGCCCUAUGAGUGAAGAGGUUCCACUCCUGUAGGUCUGCUUGAACUCAAAUCGUGUGGAAAUCAUUUGAGAUUGUUGCCUAAUUUAUGAAAAUUGCUUCAUGUACUAAUAUUGCUGAAACUAGGUUUAGUUUUUUAUAUUAAGCAGGUUUUCUGUUGAGAUUAAUGAAGUGAACCAUUGACUAUUUAUGAUAGUGUGUGAGCUUGUCUGCAAAAGCAUGUACAGUACAGUAAAUUGUCUUUAGGCGAAAAACAGAAAAGGAAACGGGUACUUCAAAAAAGUUUGGACUGUAAUCCUCAAGUGGUUCUGUUGUUUGAAAAGUUUAAUAAAAUGUCGAGGACAAUGUUUAUCACUGUUUGUGACAUUACUUCAUAGCUGUUUCACUGUAGGUGUUUUGUUAUUAACACUUCGAGUGCUUUAAAAUAUUAUGAUGAAGUUAUGCAUUAAGAUGAAAUUCAGAGGUGAUGGUGACAUGAAAAUCACUGGAUAUUAGUUUUCUGUUUUAGAAAAUGAUUGAAACAAAACAAUGGUAAGUCACGAAAUAUAGACUCAACAUUUUGUUAUUCAGUCUUUGUCAUCAUUAAGUCAUUUUGUAAUUCAGUCUUUGCCAUCAUUAAGCAAACAGAAAUUCCUACAUUCAUUUCAACUCUUGUAAAUUUAUACAUUGUAUGUGGGUUCAUCAGACAUAGUCUAUGCAGGCAUGGAAAAAUUUGACAUGCACAUCGAGACAGUAAUGGAGAGCUCCAAGAACUUGGGUACUAUCAAUACUGAUGUGUAAUAAAUCUGGGUUUACUGUUCUCCCUGAAACCUAUUUUCCAAAGUCAGUCAUGCCUCAUGUGUCCAGAAUAAACAGUCUUCGAAAGUAAAAUGAUAACUUUUUCACUUUGAAUAGUUAUGAAGAAAAUGUGUUACCUUACGAUAUAGUGUAUAGCAAGUAAUGGACAGCUAUGAAGGAUGCCAAGAACAGUUCCCCAUACCUACACCUAAUUGUUUGAAGUUGUUUUGGUCUUUGUGUUCAAAAGGCAAACAUGUCUUAUUUAUUUAUUGUUACGUAUAUAAUUUAGGCAAAUACCUCACUGCCCCAAUAAUUGAUUACUGUACAUUUGUUUGUGGCCUUAGUGCUCUUUUGUGCUGAAAGAUUGUAAACUUAACAUUAUGCUGUAAAAGGACUUGUUUCAAAUUGCAGACUCAUUCCACUACAGGUAUACUAAAAUUUUUGUUGGGAAGAACUACAUUUAUUAGUUUGAUUAAGUCCAGAAGCAUUGAUGCAAAAUCUCUUGCCUUUUUCCAGCUUUCCAGAAUGGCGACUUUUCUUUGCACAUAUUGUAAAAACUUUUCCUAGCAUCUGGUAUGGAGAUUUUGAGUUUCAUGAAGUGGACAGAACAAUGAUGAAUGACAAGCCUUGAUAAAUGUUUGCAAGUGAUUUCUAUAUGAAAUAAAAGCAUUACUUUAGCACAGUAAAAAAUGGGGAAAGUUUGUGAAAUAUAGUUCAGUUAAAUUUAUCUUUUGAAGUUUACAAAUUAUACUUCUGUUAAAUUUCUCUCUCUAAUGUAUGAAAGCUCAGCUGUAAUAAUUGCAUUUUUGGGGAAUCUAGAAAUUUUGUACCACAUAAAAAUGCAUAUUGCAUACAACUUGAUGUGCAUGAAACCAGUACAUUGUAAUAUCCAGUUUUCCCUUGCAAAGAUGAAUAUGGCAACAAGUCUGUUAUCUGUAUAUUUUCCUCAUCGCUUGAUAAUUCAUUGUACUUGGGCAGUGUGGUGUUUUGACAUUGUAACCCAUGACCAAAUGACAAUAUCACAUUCAGAGAACUGCCACAUGGUACGUGAACCAACUUUGUAACUCAUUGUGGAAGUUUUUGUAUGUUGUAGGCGUUAGACUCUGUAAAUAUUGGGCGAGAGAAACUUAUAUUUGGUAUGUCAAAUUUAUAUGAAACUAACGUUAUAGGAAAGUGCAAAUGUUUAUUUCGUAGGAACGUACAUUGCUUGUGAUUUAGCCGAUAGUUUUCCAACUAAUGCUUUAAGAGAGUAUCUGUGUUUUGUAAUGGAACUAUUUUUUAAUACAUGUAAAUAAUGAAA